UGCCGUAGACGUACAAUGGUAGCUCAGUAAUAGCAGCCGUACUUUGACGUUUUCAGUACGCGCUUAUCGUUUACACUAUUACCAGUGAAGUGCGGGUGUUUAUGUGGCUAUGAGUAAAAACAGGAUCGUAUCGACAAAAUUCUAGAUUAAGCACUGGAUGCAGUUGUUACGGCUAUGGAACUACAUACAGUAAGCGAAUACGAUCUACGCAUGGAAAACCAACGACUUCACCAUGAGAACCGUGAAUUACGAAAUGAAAAUAUUUCCCUCAAGAGGCGGGUCAGUGGCUGUGGAACGUUAGCUGUUAUGUUAAGUGAAUCCCAAGAGCAGGUGAAACAACUGAAGGACACAGCACAAGCACUGACAGCUGCAUCCAGGGCUGCUAGUCUUACAACCGGUACUCCCUCGAGCAGUUGUCAGCUGAGUGAAACGCUAGUGAUACAGAGAUCAAAUGGAAAAACUACAGAUCACUACAAUGACAAACAUAAUGAUAAAAAGGAUUAUGAUAGUAAUGGAUAUGAUGCUAAUAAGACAGACCUUCUAUCCUCCUUGAACUCUGAAUCACUUCUGAACUCAGAAGUUGUUUUCGAUUCAUCGCCAUCAGAUAUUGAUGCAGAACAUCAAUCAAACCAAGAAAUAAGCAAUCAGUCUGAACAUGCACAAAACAGUAUCCACUCGGGUGACCUGCCAUCAGAGGAUGUGCCAAACGAAUCCCUAAGAAGUGAAGUCAGCGGUGCAGAUGAAAUGCUCUCCAGCCACUCUACAGCAUCGUAUGAUCAAUGUGAGUCCCCAUCGUUGCUAAUAAGGGAUUUAAAAGCAGUCCUGGAUAGGUCAAGUAGAGAAACACAGUCAGUAAUAACACCUAUAGUAACCCAGUUAAUUAAAGAAACAGCCAAGUUGGAAAAACAUAAUAAAACUAAAACGGUAUUUUAUGACAACUUACUUGAAGAAAAUGAGAAAUUGAAAACAGAAAACAAACAGUUGAGAGAGGAGUAUGAUGAAAUUUGCCAACAUCAAAGGGAGGAGAAUGAAACUCUUAAAUUGAAGUUAAAAAAAUUAUCUGAUGAAAAAGAGCAAAAUGAAGAAUAUGAAAUAGUGAAUAAAGCCGAUAUUAUUUCCUCAAUGAAAGAAAAAUCCUCCAAGAAUGAUGAUCAACUACUAUUAAUGAUGUCAUCGCAUAACGCUAGUAGUCUCGAAGAUAGUUCAAAAUUAAAAAAGAAGAUAGCUGCCCUUGAGAAGCAGAAUAAAGAGGUAAUUCAAGUGAAUCAACAGUGGGACUCUCAUUAUACAGCUAUGAAAGCUAGUCUGGAGGCAACGAUACAUGAUUUUAAAAGACGACUAGAUGCCAUAUCAUCAGAGAAUUCUAGAUUACGGUCGAUGGAAAGUUCGAUUGGUGAUAAGAAACAGAAGGAUAUUGAUCGUAUGCUAAAUGAUGCGAGAAAAAGAGUUGAAGUUGAAGAAAAUACACGAGAACAAGCUGUAGCUGAUUUGCAUGAAGAAAGGGCAAGGUGCCAAACCUUACAACAAAGAGUGGUAUCACUUGAAAGACAAAAUAUUCAGAUAAUGAACCAACGAGCUGCACUUGAAAAAGAAAUUAAACGUCUAAAUAAGGCACUUGCUGAGCUUCCACCUCAGCCUCGUGGGCGACCAUUAUCAGAAACCGAGGAAGUGCCAGAACCCAUGCAAUCUAAUGAAAUGCGAAGUCAUAUUGAGGCUUUAGAAGCACAAGUCAUAACAUACAAAGAAGAUUUUCAUACCGAAAGACAAGACCGUGAACGUAUGGUUAAUCAACUGGAGGAUCUUAAGAAAGAAAAUAAAACUUUAAAACAAGAAAAGGACACAUAUGAACAGCAGGCACGUUGGUAUGAGGAAGAUUUCCGCAAAGAGAAGGAAGAUAAAAUUCGAUUACAAAGGUCAUUGAAAGAGGCCAAUGCACGGAAUGCCCAUUUUGAAGUUCCUGCUACAAGAGUUGAGAUAGAGAGAGAGAGGUACUACACACCACCAAGAGAUCCAUAUUACCAACAAGGAUUCUUUGAUGUUAGACAGGAAGGUAAUUAUUAUGGUUAUCAACAACCAAACAGAGCUCAACAAGCUCCUCAAUUUACAGUAGAGGAAAUACAAGCAAUGCAACUGGAGGCAUUGAAACAGGAAGCACGUCUAAUACCACGUGGUUAUCAAGGCCAAAGAUCUGUAGAAAGACGACCCAAUAGUUACCCCAAACUUGGUCACAAUUUAGCAAGAAAUGACCUUGUAACUGAUAACGACGUGAUUGAUGGUACUGAGACGUUAUCCUCAUCAGGAAAUCUGCACUGUCCAAGGUGCCAGAGGGAGUUCCAACCAGACGAUGAAUUAUUCCAAGUACAUAUUGAGAGAUGUGUUCCAUAAUAAUGGUUUACAGAUGCAAUAUGGAUAACUUUGAGUAUUUUCGAAUCUGUUUAAUUAAUUUUGUUUGUUAUUGCGUCUUGGUAAACCAACUAAAUAAAAACGUUUUGGUAGCAAACAUGUUGAUAGAAUGAAUAAAAUGUUCGUUAUUUAAGCGAACUCGUAUUUCUGUGUAAUCAGCCAAAACAGAUUUAAUAUUUUAUGACAAUCAAUAAACUAUUACAAUAUCAAACAAAAUUCAUCAAACAUUCUCAAAUUUACUCAAAGUUAUCCAUAUUGCAUCUUUACUAUUUCCUGCCAAAUGCUUUUAUGUGCACCUUCCUUGUGUGUAGACUGAAAGUUUCUUCAUCGUCACUAUGUUAAAAAAUACAUUUUAUGAUCUUAUGAUCUUGUGAACUUGUAUGUAAACUUUUACAAAUACUUCGUAUUUAUAUACAAUUUAUAAAGUAUUGAAAACAGUAAUAAAAAAACAAGACAGCUAACAGCUCGUACAGCCAAUCAGUCCAGCUUAUUUGCUUUGUAUAAUAAAGUAUUCUUUCUAGUUAUGUAUACAUUUACCCAACAUAUUAUUUUCAUAUUGUUUCAGUUCAUGACUCAAAGGCCGUCAAUGAUGUUGAUAGCUAAUAACAAUUGAUAUAACAUUUAGACUAUGUUAAAGAUUUUGCGAUAUUUCAAAGUAAUAUACUAUAUAUUACUAUUUCAAAUGUAAUUGAAAUGCUUGUUACUGUAGUACAUAAUACGGUGUAUGUAGAUUUUCUUUUAGUAGCCUUUAGAUUUAGUUGUAAAGUCCAUAUAGCAUGUGGUAGAUAAGAUGAACCCUCGUAGAUCGGACAAUAUAUACAUUAUAAAAUAUGCCAUGCUAUAGUGUUAUGAACUCUCUAUUGCCCAUGCUCAAUAGGAACCGACAUACUUUAUUCACAAGUUUCAUUACGUUCAAAUUCAAUAUAUAUGGAUUAAAAUAGGUAUAAUGAAUGUUUAAUUCACAGCGUACGUCGGGUUAUUUGUAUAUCGUGUUUUCGUGUAUAGUUCUUGCUUUUAUAAGUGUGUGUCUUACUUCUAAUAGUUCAGAAUAUGCUCCAUUGAUUAUUUACAUGUUAUAUUCUGUGUUUUAUGCAGUUUGCAGUGAUUGAGCAUCGUAUGGCGGUAACUAGCAAGGCUUAGAUUCAUUUUUUUCUAUCAGUGUAACUGAUAUAUUUGAAUGUAUAAAUGUAAAAAAAAGAAAAUACCUGAAUUAUUUUUUACAAUAAAUAUUAACGUCCUACGAAAGUACCCGCCGGCAAAGUGGUGUCACAUUAAUGCAAUAAACUGCCCACACAAUUCCACAAAGAAAUGGGGAGAUAUUAAAACAAUAUUACAUUACAUUACAGUACACAAAAUGUCAAUUUUGCAAAUACAUUAAUACAAGAACAAAAACAACCCUAGUCAUCAGCUGCCGACACCACAUUUAACAACAAACCAAAAUAAAAAAUCGAUCUAAAACAAUUAAGAAUUUCAUGCAACCAUUACUUUGCAUGGUCCGUGACACUAGGUAUUUAUUUUUAUGAACCAGCAGAAGUACUAGUUAGAAAUGAGCAAGUAUUACCUCGAUGGCUCCCGUCAAAAUUGGUGGCAACCCAAUUUUAAAACCUGAGACGAGAAGAUGACGCCUCAAAAAUCAACUGCCAUAAAGUAAGGAUCACCAAAACAUAUAUUUUUUGUUCUAUUAUGUUUCAUAAUCAAUAAUUUUAUUUAUUUAUAUAUUGUAAAUUGAUUAUGUAUUGUUUUGUAAUAAAAAAUGAUACAAACG